AACCACAUCACGCAACCAACAAUCAAUUUUUUGUCUUUUUUUUUUCCUUUCUUUCUUUCUUUUCGACAUCCAUACAUUUUUCUUAGAAAGGAAAAAUUAAAAUUCUUAAGGAAGAGAGCAAAGUUUAUAUAAGUGAAAACCACCCCAAAGAAUUUUCCUUAUACAUACUUCAGUACCUUCUACAUUCCUACUACUACCUACACCAGCAAGCUUACUACACAUUAGCAGGUGUUUCCUAAGACUAAUACUAUAGUUUACGGUUAGGACAGUUCGUUGGUUUUUUUUGCCCCCCAAAAAGAGAGAAAAGUUGUGAUUUUUUUCCACAUUUUCGUGAACAAAAACCAAUUUUCCUGCAUAUAGUUGAAUUCUGACACCUUGAUUGGUUGAUUUCAGAAACACCACCAGAUUUUUUUUCGCACAAGCACUCAAAUUCAAACGUUUGAAUUUCACCCUUGUGCCGAGCUACUUGAUUCUCACUUUUUUUUUGGUUCCUUCAUACACAACCAAAAAGCACGUGAUUCAUUUUAAUUAUUUUUUUUUGGAUUCAUAUAGAUUAUAAUUAAAGUCGUACAACCGAAAAUGGCUUUAUGUUCACAAGCAUUCAAUGGUCCUACUAAGCGUAGUUGCCAAAGCAAGGUCCAUACAUCAUCCAAAAAGAGGAUGUGCUUAUCCAGAUUCCCUUCCAUCACAUCCUCAGUUGAUUUUGUUGGUAUAAGUUCUUCAUAUAGUCAUAGUCCCAAGAAGUCGGUUUGUAUUUACUCAUCAUCAUCUGAGGAAGAUGAAGAUUCUGCUGAUGAACAAUCUUGUUAUAAUGCUGAUCAAGUUAGAGCUAAGAGAAGAGCUUCGUCUCGGAUUUCUUUUUCUUUGAAUAAAGAUAUCUCCAAGGCUGUUUCUCAAUACAGUGAUGAUGAAGAAGAAGAUGAAUGUGAUAAAGACGAGCCAAAGAAAAGUUAUCAACAUUGUCGUCGUAUUUCUGCUGAUUCUAUGAAGGUUACCAAGAUGAUGGUUUCCGACGAUGAGGAUGAUGAAGAAGCUGACAAUUUAGAUUGCAAGUUAUUGAGUGGGAACACUCCAAUUUCUAGUAGUAUUUCAUUGAAUAUUCAUGGCGGUGAUCGCAAUGUUGUUGUCGAUGAAGAUGUUGAUGGAAAAUGUAACAUUCCAACAUCUGAUAAAACAUCUAGAUCUCGCUGUUUUGAAUAUUUAGUUGGUGCAAUAGAUGAAGCGUGGGCAAGAUACUGUGAUGCUACCACUCACGUUGAAGAUGAAGUCUAUGGAUAUGAUACUCCUAGAUCAGUUGCUACUGAUGAAGAAGAUAAUUUCUUUGAUAAUACUACUGAUAUGACUGAGUAUGAAGAUUCAGAUUUUGAAAACAAUCACGAAAAACCACAAUCACAACAACAACCACUUGCACAACAACAGCAAGUACCACCAACUUUGUUACAACAACAACAACCAUCAUUCAGGAGGCGGAUGUCUUCUGCAAGUUCCAUGUCAUCUAAAGACGACCCAUCAUCAUGCCAAUUACAAGAAUUGAAGAAUAGAUUGACCAAAGCCAAGUAUUAUUUACAGGAUUUGGUUGAUUCCGAUGAUUAUGAUGAAGUUGCAUCAUUUUGGAAACGUUGGGAUAUGAUUAAAUAUGCCACUAUAGAAUUGGUUGAAGAUGAUGACGAUGAUGAGAUUAUCGAAUCCACAAUCGAUGAAUUAGAAGCUGGCCGAUUAUUUGUAAAUUAGAAAAAAGGAAGAAGAUGAAGGAAGAAGAAUCAUCUUCAGGGGAAGUUUCAGCUUACCCUUUGUACAGUUUAGAAGAGGAAUAUGUUUUUUUUAUACUAUUGAUGUUUUGAUUUUGCUUUUAUUAGGUUUAUUGUUAUGUUUAAAUGGGUUUAUUUUUAAAUGCAAGGGGUUUAUACCUUUUGUUGGGUUAUCAAUGAAACUUUUUUAGUUUUGUUUUUGUUAUUGUAAAAUAUAUUAUGAUGGUUCUUUGAUUAAAUCAUUUUUCUUUUUUUUAAGGUUUAUACAAAUAGUUUUAGUCAGUCUUGUAUAAUAGAUGAAUUCUUAUGAAGAAAA